UUGCUUUAUUGUACUUACUAGAUCGCGCUUUCUAGUGGAGUUUGUCCUGUGUGAUCAGUUUACCCAGCCUUGCUUUAUCGAUUAUAAGGUGAAAGCGGACAAAUGAACGGUAAUGUGGGGACCAGGGUUAACCGGGGGUUGGAGCUGUUUUCUCGCCCCAAGUUGGACGAUCUCGCUCAAUUCAGUCGCAGUCUCGAGGCUUUCAUGCGGCUAGCUGUUACUAAAGUUCGUUCCAGAGCCAUUAUUGCUGAUGAUCCGACCGGAGUUCAGAUUUGUCAGAGCUGCAAGUGUUGAAUUCCAGGCCGGCUAGGUUUACAGUCUGUGACGUGGUUAAGAAAGCUGCCCCAAUCAAUGUCAAGAUUAGACUUUCAGAUUUCCUUCCCGGCCACAGACUAUACGAUGCAGAAAGCGGAACAGCUGAUAGUCGGAGUUCUUCCAAACUUCUGAGAUAUGAGUUUUCAAAGGACGAGGUGUAUCUGGGGGAGGUGAUGGACAACAAGGCUCACGGUCACGGGGUGCUACAUUUUAGGGGGUGCCAAUACGGUGGGCACUGGGAAAAUGGCAUGGAGCGCAUUGGUUGCUAUUUGUGGCCUAGCGGGAUCCAGUAUCAUGGAACAUGGGAGUCUGGCUAUCGUCAUGGUAAUGGCGUGGAGAAACAUGCUAAUUAUGUAUACAAGGGAGAGUGGGUGAAGGAUGCGAAGCAGGGUUACGGUGUUGCGUCUUCUCACUCCGGCUGUAUGUAUGAGGGAACCUGGAAGGCUAACCGACAUGAAGGGUACGGUGUGGAGGUUUACAAAGAUGGAGGGUUUUAUGCCGGACAAUUCAACCAGGGGAUCAGAGACGGUCACGGAGUGAGAGUAUUCCACCCUAACACUAUGUUACGAGACGGCUUUGCCAACAAGACCAUGGCGGACUCGACUUCAGAAGUCCCGUCAGCUGUCGAUCUGGAGCGACUUUUAGGGGAUAAGAUCUUCAGCGAGUUUGACGAAGAAGAUAAAACAGAGAUAUACAGAGGGCAGUGGAAAGAUGACAAAAGAGAAGGUCCUGGAAUUGAACGAGAUGCCCAAGGUGACGUUUAUGAAGGCCAUUUCAAAGACAACAUGAGGCACGGAUACGGUGUUUUGAAGAGUAAGGGAGGUCGAGUUUAUUACGGUCGGUGGAAAAGAAACAAGCUGAUCCAGAACAGUCGUAGCAACAAUAGUUGUUGUCAGAAAGCAGAGUUACAAGCACAAGAAGGCUGCAGUGUAGCUACCAGGAAGACAUGGCUAGCACUGUCCAGAGCUCAUGGAGCUAGGAGGUUUGCGUCCUGGGCAGUCCACUCUCAGAGGGAAGCGUACAAGCACUAUGCUUUAUCUGAGGAGAAAGAAAAAGAUGCCAGAUUACUGGCAGACACUGGGAACGUAGGAGCCAACAUUGUGGCUGCCACAAAGUUACAGGAAAUGAGUCCUGGUAGCAUCGCAAGACGGGGCCUCAACAAACUAUCAGAUAUCUUCUCUCCUCUUCCUUCCAGAAGAAGCAUUUCCAGUAACAGUGACAUGGAGGAUAGUCCUCUGUCUAAUAGAAGAUUAUCUAACUCUCACCGAUUCCUCAAGCCUACAUCGUGAGGGGAUAACCGGUAUCAUUUCCAGCGAAUUAAAACAGCUAUUAUUUUGUGGCGACUUCUGGACAGAGACAUAAGCCUCAAACACAACAUCCGUAUAAAAUAGCGGUAAUCAGGUCUCAUUCAAACAAAUUACAGAUGGAAUUAUUGACCGAGAAAGCGCUCUCAGUUGUUGCACCAGCUGGAGAAUUAUCAGAGGUGAGAAGUGUGCGCCUUCCCAACCAGGACCUGAAACCACCCUUUUCUGUAACAUCCUAUACCAACUCAUUCGACCACAACCAAACCUCCAGUUUCCCACCUGUUUUUAAUGAAUCCACCCCGUGAGUCGGCUCAAGCUGGCUUCGAAUUGUCUGAGUGUUAAAUUAGCCUGCAAAACAACAAAGUCAUGCAGCCACCUUGCCAGUUUUACAAAUCCCAUGGACCAUCACAUCAGGACAGACAAUGGAUCUGAUUAGACUACAUUUUACCGAACAGAUUGAGAUUUGAUUAAUGAAUAAAACGGUAUUGUUGAUGGUUUAAUACUACUGGGGAUUAUAAAGCAAUUGUUUGUUGAGCUUCAAAUCAAAAAUUCUGACAGGCUUGACAAGUUCGAUGUAAGAUCAAGGGAUGUGCUGGCUUUAUGAAGUCUAGCGGAACCACCCUGAAAAUUAUCAAGUAGUGUAUAACAUGAGGGUCAAACCUAUAGCUGGUUGAGGGAAAGUGUUUCAUGAGGAGCUAGAUCUAUGUAUCUAAGAUUACCCCCCACAUGGUGAGAGCACGUAGUUUUCUGUGAGCGUACUUUUCUGUCUUGUUAAGCUAACACCUAGUGAGAUCACCGUAGUAUUAGGCUUUGUGGCUCCUCUGGGACUGUAGUUGUUGUGACUGCAGUUUGAUAGUCAGAGUAGGGACUGUAGUUGUUGUGACUGCAGUUUGAUAGUCAGCGUAUGUCAGGGUUUUUGUUACUUGUGGGGGAGGAGCUUUUUAAUAGUGAGUAUUGCCAACAUGUGAUGGGCGACAAACUGAUCUCAUUUUUAUACUGUAUAGACAGGUUAUCGGUUGUAUGCAACAAAAGCAUCUGCUAACUGCUAAGUCUUGAUAGAAAGCCUCGCAAAAUAUAGUGAUUUCUACUCUAGUACGGUCUUUUCUUCGAAUCACUUGUCAAAUUGCUGUUCUGGAAAUAAUACUGAAAGCAUUAUUUUGCUUUUGACCAUUACCUUGAAAUCAUGAAAUGAAAAUUAUAGUACAUAUAUUAUUCUCACGCAGUUUUUGCAAAUAAAAUAAUUAUUUUCGUCUUGUCAAAAGUCUGUUAAUGGGGUCUAUCAAUGCAAAUUCUUGUUUAAGAUAUUUUUAUGUCAAAAUGCUCCCUUGGUCGGCUUAACGCAAAAUUUCAAUUAAAAAGGAUUAGCAAUUAAUUAGCUGCUCAAUUGAUGUGUGUUCAUGAUGAUAUGAAUACAGUGCCGCUCUGUCAAACCAAGUUCCAUGUCGGGUUUGUAAUGAUAAACUGCUAUAAACGAGUUUUGUUUACAACAUCACACAUUUUUACCACAAGAAUUUCUGUUUUUUAAUUUAAGUUAAACAAUAAAUACAUUAUAUUGGUAUUUCCGGUCAAAUUUCGAUUUGUUUGAACUUUCGGCUCUUCGACUGCGUAUGCACAUAUUAUGUCUUGACAAAUAAUGUAUGUGAUUAAAGAUUUGCUGUGCUGAGCACAGUUGAUACUAUACUAUUAUAGUUUAAACUUUGACAUUCGGGCUUACUGA